ACGUGCACCAGUGUAUAGCACUGUUACACGGGACCCCCAUUUAACGCCCCUCCAGGAAGACGAUUAGUAUUUUUAGUGAUGCGACGGGGGAUCGAUCCUGCGACCCCUGGAUUGAUAGCCAAGUGUGUUACCACUAGACCACGGAUCCGUCACGAUCGAUCUUUAAUGUAAUCCUUGUUAUUUAUAGUGAAUCCUGUUAUAAACAUGCUACUCUAAUUAUCCAUCUAUUUGAGUGGUAAACAAUUAUCUACUCUUUUUGAAUAUGCAAAUGAGAUACCGUACAUGCUUAAUUUUACUUCUCGUGUUGGAGGCCAAUACAUAUGUGCCUUCCUGUGGCACGGACCCUUUGAGGUAUAAGGAAUGAACCGAGUAGAAACUGUCAUGGCAUCAAAAUAUCCGACUCUGUUGCAAUACCAAGAAAGUGCAUAUUUUUUAAUGGGUACAUAAUAUAAUCGUUCAAAAACUUCCAACGACGAUGACUUUGCCUUUAUGGGAUCAUGGCGAAAAUGCUUAUAAACUUUUCUCCUAUACGAGUCGUUGAAACCCUUGCACUUUAUGUCGCAGAAAUUGGACAGCGUUUUACAAUAAUUUUGCGAAGACAAAUCUAAUUUUUUAAUGUUCGUCAUGCACAAUAAAACAUGCCAUUUUCGUUUUAUUAUAAGCGUAAAAUGAAACUUGAAACAAUUUUUCAAUAGUUAGAGCCCCAUUCUGUUCAAGUAUUCUUUUGUUUGUAUAACAAAUUGACUUCUCUUAACCUUCUUUGACCUUUUUAACCCCAAGGAUGAUAACAAAAGUACUUUUAUAGCAAUUACAAAAUGCAGCAAAACUGAAAGUAUUAUCUAAAUUUAGCGCAAAUAUAACAAAAUAUGCAUUUUUUAACUAAGAAAUUUUGGGUGUUAUAUAUAUGUUUCCCGGAUUUGCUUUUGAAAACACUUAUUUUAUCAUUAUUUUACUAUAAGAUAUCGAAAUAGCAGAAAAAUAAAGUUAUAGUAUAAAAAAUAAAGUGGGGUGCGAACCUGCGCCGUAAAAAAUAAAAAUAAGCAGACAUACAACACUUAAUCAAUUUGACCACGAAGAUUUUUACAUAUCUAGUCGGUAUUUUGACAUCUUUACCAUUUAAGGGGUAUGAACGUAAUUGGGCUGGUCAAAGUUUGUGGAGUCCCAGUACUCCAUGCGUACUUUGACCAGCGUUCAUAAUCAUAUCCCCGAUAAUGACAUCAAUCCCGCAAUUCAUUACAUAUAUUUACACCAAAAGUGCAUUAUUUCAUUCAAGAAUUGUUGAAAACACUUUAUUUCAUUGAAGAAAACCUUUUAGUAACCCUUUCUUACCCAUUCUGUAAAAGAACGACCCGAAACGUAACCGGAAACGUUUUAUCAAAUGACGUCACGAUAACGCGGAAAAAGAUCAGCUACUUGAAAGCUCUUAUAAAUGUAAAAUUGAAACACUUAUGGCAACGGUACAUUUAACAUAUCAUUAUUUAACACUUUCUAAAAUGUUCAUUUAUAUUUGGCGGCACUUGCUGACACAAUACAAACAAUUACAAGAUCAAAAAAAUCAUGUAUAUUGUUAUUCGAUGAAUAGUCCUUUUCAACUUAACUGCGGUGCUGAACCUAGCGAAUGCGCAAAACGUAUCAGGGGUGGCGAGCGUCAUUAACAAAAAAGAUAAAAUGGUGAAAAGUUGCUCGGUUUUCGGAUGCACACAUCGCGCAAAUUCUGUGGCGACAGAGAAAGGCGUUCGAUUCUUCAAGUUUCCUAAAGGUUCGCACAAGCGAAGGAGCUGGAUUAAAGCCAUGAACAGAAGAGACUGGGUGCCAAAUGAAAACUCGUUCGUCUGUUCAGCACACUUUGUUUCCGGGUGGCAUAGUUAUGAUGCUGGGGAUGCAGACUACGCUCCUAGUGUAUUUAUCUACAAGGAGACCGCCGUCGAAGAGAAGCGCCAGGAUAGGGCAUUCAGAAGAGAUUUAUCUAAGGUUAUUGCUGGAUGGUUAUAAAAUAAUAAUUUUGGAUCUUUGAAAAUGUAAUGUUUAUUUACAUGAUAUUGCCAAUAUUGGUCAUUUUAAUAUGGGUAUUAAUGGUUAAAAAACAGACAGGAAACAUUGAUUAGGUUUUGAAAUAACUCAUGUUUGAAUUAUCAUACAGACAUUUGAAGCUUCUGCAAAGGCCCACAAGAAAAGGGAAAACAGCAUGCUGCAUAUGUCAACUGCGAUGCACACAUACUGUGGAGAUGGCAAGAAUGAUGUUGAUGAAGUUGUCCAGACAGGUCCCAUGGAGUACCAUGAUGAUAUUUCAUCACUUUCACAGAAGAUAAAGUGUGACACCCUUAUAGAGGAAAACCAACAGCUGAGGGAGGAGAAUGAACGAUUGAGGAAAGAGCUGAAGAUGAUGAAGUGGGGCGUCUCCUACUGCUGGUGGCGCACUAUCUGGAAUUAUUGCCAGGUGUGCCAUACCUAUUGUAAAAAUUCAAAAUUAGUGCCUUUGUAAGAAAUGAUAUUUCAGAGAUUAAUUUAAAUUAAGGAAAUAUAUCUACAUCAGUGCGUAUUUACCAAUAAAUUUUAAGUUUCCAAUCAUGUUGUUUCCUUUUCUUGGUCUGAAAUUUACAGAUAAUCAGAGCCAUUUACAAUGUACACUGCAUUUCAAGUUAAAAUCCUACCAGUUUGGGGGUAUACUGCUUUAAGUUCCUCCAUCUUCUGGCUGUAAAAGUCCAGAUCCAGUUGCCUUUCACUAGAGGUUUGGGGAUGAAACUCCACACAGCUUCUAGUGGUGACAGGUUUAUGAGAAGGUAACCUCGGCUUGCUCAAAUCCAGUUGGCUGAUGGGCUUCGGAUCAAGGGUCAAUUUCCUUGGAACAUUCCAUGCCGCCAAUUUUGAAGUGCAUGCCAUGUUGUCUCUAUGAAGACUGGCUGUUUGCCCGUAAUCCUUAAUGGCGAACAGUAGCCAACCAAUGUGGCUGCAUGAUUGCGCUAACCUAAAAUAUGCAGUUAUAAUAUACGUUUUUUCAUAAUGACUGUUACAAGUAUAAUGCUUCUAUAUAAUUAGAUAGUGAAAUUCACAUCUUUGCAAAUAAAAUGGCGAAAAUUAACCGGUUAAGUUACAAACAAUAUGUAUGAUAUGCACAGACAUUUUUCUAAUAAAAUAUCAAAACGUAGCUACCUUUUAUUUAAUAACACAUCAUAUCUGAAUACAUGCACAUUUAUAUACAUGUACAUGUAGAUUAUACAAAAGAAUGACACAUACCCUCCUGGACACUGGCAUAAAGCAUGAACUGGGUCCUGGUUUCUGAAGCAAGCAUAGACUGUGUAUUUGAUUUUCUUCAUGGAUGCCAACACCUUGGCCCUAACAUACAGGAACUCAUGAUCUAUCUGGAAAGAAACAUAAGCAAAAGUUAAAUGACUGGAUAAUAAUAUUUAAUUAUUGACAAGGCACUAUGAUUGUUUUGUACAUACUAAACAAUUGAAGUACAGGGUGGAAAGAGUAACCCAACGUGGGGCUUGAAAUAAGUUGAAGUAUUGACUAUCUCACAGUUUUAUACACCUGGCAUUUUUCAUCAUUAAUUAUAAAUAAUAUAUUUCUACUUUGAAAGAAUAAUAUAGCUAAGAAAAUAUUUAUUUUCUUAAUUAUUAUUAUUACCACUGAAAGUUUGAUGUCUUGAACAUCGCCGGCAUAGAAAUGGAUAACUGCUCUGUCAUGAGCCUUAAAUGAUGUUAGGGGUGCCGUCUCCUUCUUUCUUCCUAUCAUGAAACGAUACAGCCCGUCAAACUUUAUCUCAGGCAGCAUAUCGAAGUCAGUCCUGUACAUUACCCCAUCAUAUGGUGGUAAAUUCUCCUUCCCGGAAGAAGUUGGCGUUAGCUGAUACUUUGAUUGAAAACUGAUCUUAUUCAAAAAAUCGCGGGCCGCCAUACUGUUUUGUAUACGUUAGCAACGUUGCCACCCCUAGGCAGUUGUGCGCAUACGUGCAUAUUUGACCGAAAGAGCCUAUUGCGAUCCGAGCAUAUCCGAAUAUGUUGCGUUCAUCAAUUGAUAAACGCGAUUGCCUAAAAGCAGUUCAUUUAAGGAAGGGAAGUUGAGGUGUAAAUAUACAUUGAUAACAUCGCGUAAUAUUGUCAAUCAACCAAUCAUGCUUCAACAGAGCUGUUACCGCUAAUUUAAAAAUUGUGGUCUUCAAUAACGGUAUUUGAGCCAAUAUUAACAUUUGCUGAAGGUUUCCAGCCUUUAGUAUCAUAGAUUGACCACUUAAUAAUAAUUCGCCAUAAAUUAUUUCGUCAUACAUAAAAAAGUGCAUCUAACACUUGCCAAACAUGAGCGAGUACCUUUUGGCGAUGUUUCAUUUAACAACAUUGAUAAUUUUUCAUUCGAAAAUAUUCUUGCAUCACAUUUAUUUUAGAAAGAGGAGCUUAAAGAUGCACUCUUACACCCAAAUAAGCAGUACCACAAUUAAUGCAUUUGCUUUACUUUACAGAGAUUCGAAUACAUAUAGAAAACAAUGUUUUUUAUGAAGAAUACGGUGUUUAAUUGGAAGAAAGGUGCAGAAAACACAGGAAUUUCACCUCAUGGAAUGAUAUACUUUUAAAUUUCCGCCAUCUUCUGAUCGUAUGGAAGCCUUGGAGGGCCACUUUUGAGUUUCGACUUACGGGUACUUUUGACUUUUGACUUUUGACUUUCGACUUUCGACUUAUGACUUAUGACUUUUGACUUUUGACUUAGGCUAUGCAUUAUACACGUGCUCCAGAAGCUGAAGGGAACUACGUUGAUUUCAGACACAACUACUCGACUGAAAAAUAUGAAGAUGACAACUUGGAUAGUGUUCUGUGUCUGUUUCAUAAUACUGCUCGGUAUUGCCCAAGCUACUGUGCCAAGGUACCUACCACCAACAUCUAUAACAGACAAAACUCUGCUCACAGUAGAGUACUUUCAGAAAGGCUUUAAGAUCUAUGAAAUUGUUGCAUUUUUACUGACACGACAUGGCAUUAUAACGUCAUUGAGGACAGUAAAGAGGAUACUUAAACGCUUAAAUUUGAAACGACGUAAUAUAAUAUAUACACCUUUGGAGAUUUUGUCUGAUGUUAUAAACAGAGAAAUACAAACAAGUGGACAAUGCAUAGGUUACCGUACAAUGUGGCGUCGGUUAAUGCUGGAUUACAACAUGUACGUCAAAAGGGACGACGUCAUGGAAAUAAUGAGAGCGCUGGAUCCAGUUGGUGUAGAGCUGCGAAAAGCACAUCGUCUCCGCCGGCGAGUAUACUUUGCCAAAGGACCCAAUUUUGUAUGGCAUAUAGACGGUUACGACAAAUUAAAGCCAUAUGGAUUUUGUAUUCAUGGUGCGGUGGAUGGGUUUAGUAGGAAAAUAAUAUGGUUAGAGGUUUCGGACUCAAAUAAUGACCCACGCUUAAUUGCAAGAUACUUUUUAGAUACAUUGAAUGAGCAUAAAAAAGUCCCUCGAAUACUACGUUCUGAUGGUGGCACGGAAAACUGCAUUGCUUUACUUUUGCAGCAAUACUUCCGGCACGAUGCUACUGAUCCGUUUGCUGGGGCUCGAAGCGUUGUAGUUGGAAAAAGCACAUCGAACCAGCGCAUUGAGAGGUGGUGGGGUACAUUACGACAAAAUGGAAUACAUUGGUGGAUUAACUUUUUCAAAGACUUACGCGAUACAGGGACGUUUAAUGAGCUGGACGCAAUACAAUGUGAGAACUUAAAAUUUUGCUUUAUGGAUCUCAUACAAACCGAGUUAGACCGGAUUGCACAGCAAUGGAACGUUCAUGAGAUAAGGGAACAAACCAAUUCUUCGGUUAUUGGUGGAAAACCUGACACACUGUUCUUUAUACCAGGUCUGUUUGAAACUCACGACUUCGGUAAUGCAGCGAACUUGAAUGACGUAAAUGUUUGCAAAGACAUGUAUUCGCGUCCAAAAAGACACUGUGAGGAAUUCAAAGAAUUAGCACAUCUUUUGAAGCCAGAUCUACAGAUGCCAUUGGACGCUGAGUCAGCACUACGAAUGUAUACUGAGUUGAACAAUUUAAUUUCGAGAAUUGAUUAAACAUAAAUACCCAUUGUACUAAUGAAUAUUGCAUGGGCGUACGUUAUUGAUAAAACUACUUUAAGGGUACUGCAUAUCAGUUUCGAAAAAUGGCGAUUAAAAAUCAGAAAAUUGU